CUCCGCUCAUUGCUCAUCUUCAACGCCUUUUAUAAUGUCUCGUCGACAGAUUCUUACCUUUGCAUCUUCUCGAUUCAAUGGACUGCCACUCAGCGUUGGGCACCGGUAAAAAUAAAAUAAAAAUAGAAUUAAUUUAGAAAUGUGGUGUCACAAACGAUAUUCAAGACGAUGCCAUUGACUACAGUAUGUUAAUUGAUCUACAUCUUCUUCUCUCUUUUCCCUCCUUAUUUUAUUCUUACUCAUAUCGUAGAGGUGCCUCUGAGCAAUGGCCUGAGAACUCCAUUAUUUCAAUGGCCCAGGCCAUCAAAGAUGGUGCUGAUGGUUUAGAGGGUGACCUUCAUUUGACAUCAGACGGCGAAAUCAUCGUCAUGCAUGACCCUUCUCUUGACAGGACUACAAAUGGCACAGGACUGGUCAAAAAUCGACCAUGGCAUGGAUAUAUUGAUGGCCUCAAAUCGAAGAAAGAGCCUCAUGUGGGUGUUCCUCGAUGUGUGGACGUAUUGGCCUUUCUCGCUCAGGAAGGCAAUGAGAAAGUCUGGUGGAAUAUUGAUAUUAAGAUGAAUAAUUCACCAGCAUUACUGUUCUCCAAGUUUGCUAAGCUGAUGGAAGAUAACUUUCCAGGACGAGAUUUCUCGUCCCAGAUUGUAUUGGGACUUUGGCACCCAAAGUUCUUACUAGCUGCAGACAAAUACUUGCCUCGGUUUAGUCGAAUCCAUAUUGGAUUCAGUAUCCCGAUAGCAACAGAACAUUUCCCCCCGAGUAAAGUGGAUGGUUACAGUAUCAGCUUUAUGGUCUUGUCGACACCUCAGGGACGCCAGUUUAUUAAGGAGAUGCAGGCAGCAGGAAAGACAAUUCUGGCAUGGACCGUGAAUGAUGUGGUGGAGAUUCGAGAAUGUGUAAAUAUGGGGGUAGAUUAUAUCUUGACAGAUCGAACCAAGGUUCUGCAUAAUGUCUUACAAGAAUACGAAAAGCUGGGUCGAGAAGGCGUAGAAGCUAAAUAUGCAGAUGAAGAGUUUAAUACCUGGAGUCGAUGGUCUAGAUACACAUUUUGGAGGGCUUUAUUUUGGGUCUUCUUGACAAUACGCUUUAACAAUGCAACAAAGCGACUGGAUGUGGAGCCAGGGCAAGAUAUUGACUUUUCAACGGGCGAGGAGAUCCUUGUAAAAUGAGAGGAUGAAGGGGAAUUAAAGUAGAGGGGAAAAAAAAUUGCAUUAUGUAUUAAAGUACAUUGAUAGAGAAAAAUUAUAAACUAGAUGCACCAGAUGUACCAGACAUGUCACCACAUCAGAAGUACUGGGUAUGUCAGAGUAAAAUAAGAG